AUGGUAUUGGCGAUUCAGACAGCUUCAGUCAAACAUCGAGUUACACUAGUUCAAAUUAUGAUUCGUCAUCUGGCAGCUCUUCAAGCCGCUCCAAUACGCAGUCAACGGAAUCAAGUACGUCACAGACCUCUGAAUCAAGUUGGACCUCUUCACAAUCACCGAAUUACAAAGUUGUUGGCGUCAUUCCGUCCUAUCUCAGCUUUCCAACAUCUGGGACGAGCAGGGAUUCAGAUUUAAAUUCAGAUACCACGAAAAGUUGUUCAGAUGAUUCACACACCCCUACCCCUGCUCCCCCUCCUUCAAAAGUUGAAUUAGGUCACGACUGUUCCCAAUACCCGUACUGUAAGGACCUAAAUGCAGAGUGCCGCAGGGAUGGAAGGUAUCAGAAUAUUGUGUGUACGUGCCGUCAUGGAUGGCACUUUGUCAAAGCCUACGGAAUAGGCGGGAUAUGCACACCAGACACCUGUGAGGACACUGGAUGCCCUUCGCCCAUGGUCUGUAGAGAUGGCAAAUGUGAGGCCGAGUGUCCGCCAAGAACCAUUUAUGUUAACGGAGAAUGUCGUUUUGACCAGUGGGGCGAAGCGUGUGUCUGUUCGCCAGAUACAUGUGUGGAAGCUGAUACUGAGUGUCAGGAUGGUUACUGUGAAUGUAAAGAUCCAGGAUUAGAAUACAGCCAUUACCUGAACAUGUGUGUUGGCCAAAACUACGGCGACCCUUGCUCCACAUAUCAAGACACGUGUGAUAAGCACAUCCGACUGCAAUGUAUAAAUGGGGAGUGCACAUGCCCGCAUGGGACUAGACCAGUUGGCGAUCCUGCCAUUUGCUGUGACGACUGUUCCCAUGGACAAGAGUGUUGUCUUGAUGGUGUAGGCUGUCGUAUUGGGAAGUGUCAUUGCAAGCAUGGUGCCGUCGUGUUUGACUCCACAAAGGUUUGCUGCGACGACUGCAGUAAAGUACCACACUCACAUUGUUGUACGCAGCUAGAGGAAGAAAACGGAAAGUGCCAUGCGGGUGAAUGCAUGUGUGACUUCGAGGAAGCUUCUAGAUACCCUCAUGUCUGCUGUCCAGAUUGUACAUCAACUUUGGCCAAAUGUUGCGUCUCCGGAGACAUUGCUUGUGUAGGGCAUGAAGGAGAGUGUGUAUGCAUCUUCGAAUCUACUAUGACGAACCCGGAACACUGCUGUCCAGACUGUCCGCGAGGGUUUUACUGCACUGAAAGUGGAACAUGUGAAAAACGGAGUCCUUACUCGGCACAAUGUGGUGGACCAGGGGCUCAAUAUCCAGAGAAUUCCUGCAGCAAUGAAGUUGGCAUGGCUUGCCUGAGCUUUAUCGAAUGUGGCGUACAAGGACUAACACCAUGUGACAUGAAGUUCUGCAUCUGUGAUUGGUCAAAGGGAUGGCGCUUCAACGGUGAGGGGUGUUGCAAUGACAAAUACAAAGAACAUGCCUGUUCUAAUGAUGACACACUCGUGGAUGAUGGAUCAGGAGAUGAUGAAAUCAUCUAGUUUGAUUUUUCGGGUUUUUCCCAUUGUUGAAGAUAAUUUUCUGGAGAUAUUUAUCAAUUCUUUAAGAUUCUUAAUUAUUCUCGUGUAAAAUUACAAUAAAGUGUUUGUGUCUCACUCA